AUGCCCGAGACAGCGACCAUGACAUACUACCUCUACGACAUCAAUAACGUCGCCGGGAAGGACGGCAAAGCUAUUUGCUGGUCUCCCAAUACAUACAAGCCGAGGCCGAUUUUCCAAGUCAAAGGGCUCGACUAUGAGACGCGCUGGAUCUCUUACCCGGACAUCAAGCCGCAGAUCGGUCAUCACGGUCAAGCAGACGCCGAAACACCCAUUUGUCCAAUUUUGCUGGACACAAGCACAGCAUCAGGAGAGAGUGAAGGAACUUGGGUACCCGAGUCCUUUGAGAUUGCGCAGUACUUGGAAGAGAAGCAUCCCGAGCCGACCAUCUUUCCAGGUGGCAAGGACGUCCACAAGCGGCUGCUAGACUACUGCGCAAAAGAAGUACUACCACAUGCUCUGAAAUGGAUGCUUGACAAAAUCCCACCAAAGCUGGAUGAGCGUGGUGGUCGCUACUUUUCCGAAACGCGCUGCAAACGCUUCAAUGUCGAGAGUCUUUCCGACAUCUCCAAGAAUCGUGACGCACACCUCGUAGGCUUGAGAGCCGGUCUGACUCCAUUGUUUCAUGCAAUUCGCCAAUCUGGAAAGUUCUUGACGGGUGAAGACUUUGGCUAUGCAGAUAUCGUUCUGCUUGGCAUCUGUCAAUGGGUCGAGACAAUCGUACCUGAUGAGCUUGACAUGUUUCUAAACAUUGACGACAGUGGCAACUUCAAAGCUUGGCGAGAGCUUUGCAGACCCUUUGAGGGCAAAAUGGAUUGA